CUGCUUACCUUGCCAACCAUAACCCGUAACCAAACACCGCCGCAGCAAGCAAUUUAAACUUUAGGAGCUCCAGAAGGCUGAUCGAAAUUCUGAAUGUGGAAAUGGACAUCGAUGACGCUCCUCAAGGCAAAGGCGAAGAAACAAAGGAGAAGCCUGUCGUGGUGAUAUUGGUGGGUGCACCAGGUAGCGGCAAGUCCACGUUCAGUGAACAAGUCAUGAGCUCCUCUAAACGACCCUGGGUUCGCAUUUGCCAGGACACCAUUGGGGGUGGUAAAUCUGGAACAAAAGCCCAGUGCCUGAAGAGUGCAACUAGUGCACUGAAGGAUGGAAAAAGUGUAUUUAUUGACAGAUGCAAUCUAGACCGAGAACAGCGUGCGGAAUUUGUGAAGCUCGGUGGUCCCAAUGUAGAUGUGCACGGUGUUGUGCUUGAUCUUCCAGCUAAGCUAUGUAUAUCUCGGUCGGUUAAAAGGACGGAGCACGAAGGAAACUUGCAAGGUGGAAAAGCUGCUGCAGUGGUGAACAGAAUGCUACAAAAGAAAGAAUUGCCUAAACUGGGUGAAGGGUUUACUCGGAUCACAGUUUGCCAGAGUGAGAGUGAUGUUGAAGCUUCUCUUAAUACAUAUAGUGCACUUGGUCCAUCGGACACUCUUCCAAAUGGAUAUUUUGGUCAGAAGAACCCAGAUGCCAAAAUUCAACUUGGUAUAAUGAAGUUCUUAAAGAAAGUAGAGGUUCCUGCUGCUAAUGCAGUCUCUGAUGCAAACAGCAUUCAGAGUUCCUUUUCUCCUCAGAUUAUUAAGGAAAUGGAUUCCGGCUCCAAAGGACCAGAAAGUGUUUCUUUGAUUCCAGAAAAUGCUGGUAAGGACUUGAUGAAGGAUGAAGACCUGUUAGUUUGCUCUGUUGGCCGUCAUGUUUCUUUGAAUGAUCCUCCCACUCUGGCAUUUCCAUCUAUUUCAACAUCAGAUUUUCAAUUUGACCAUGAGAAGGCCUCUGAUAUUAUCGUCGAGAAAGUUGAGGAAUUCGUAAAUAAGCUUGGGAAUGCCAGGCUUGUGUUGGUGGACUUGUCUCCUAGAUCAAAGAUUUUGUCUUUGGUCAAGGCAAAAGCUGCUAAAAAAACCAUUGACACCAAUAAGUUUUUUACUUUUGUUGGAGAUAUUACACGACUUUAUUCAGAAGGAGGUUUACGCUGCAAUGUAAUAGCUAAUGCUGCAAACUGGCGACUGAAACCUGGAGGUGGAGGUGUGAAUGCUGCAAUUUUUAAUGCCGGUGGUCCAGCGCUUGAGGUUGCAACCAAAGAACAAGCUAAAUCUCUUCAACCUGGAAGAGCUGUGGUUGUUCCUCUACCUUCGACUUCUCCCUUGUUUAGUAGGGAAGGGAUCACCCAUGUCAUACAUGUUGUUGGACCAAAUAUGAACCCACAGAGACCAAAUUGUUUGGACAAUGACUAUAUUACUGGCUGCAAAGUUCUCCGUGAUACUUACACUUCAUUAUUUGAAGGUUUUGCAUCUGUAGCUAGAAGCCAAGAAAAAUUGGCCAAGGGAAGCAGUGAAAACCAUGGGCCAAAUUCUUCAGAGCUUCAAGACUACACUGAGGGUGUAAAUAUGAAGCAUUCUCCAAAUAAUGAUCAAAAGAGUAAGAGAGAGGGUGACCGUGACAAUGGUAGAAGCAAAAAGUGCAAAGGAUCUCGGGAUGAAGUUGGAGCUGAUAUCCCUGGUUGUAGAACUGGGAAGUUAGAGAAGAACAAUGACAAGAAUGACGGAAGCAUGAUGAAGGUCUGGGGAUCAUGGGCUCAAGCUCUUUACCAUAUUGCCAUGCAUCCUGAGAGGCAUAAGGACGUCGUUCUAGAGAUAUCUGAUAAUGUUGUAGUACUGAAUGAUCUUUAUCCCAAGGCAAAAAGGCAUCUUUUGGUGUUGUCGCGACAUGAAGGUCUUGAUUGCCUUGCAGAUGUACGUAAAGAACACCUUCAUUUGUUAAGGACGAUGCAUGAUGUGGGUUUGAGAUUGGCUGAGAAGUUCUUGCAAGAAGAUGCAUCGUUGAUCUUCCGCCUUGGAUAUCACUUGGCCCCAUCAAUGCGACAACUUCACCUACACGUUAUUAGCCAAGAUUUUGAUUCAAAACAUUUGAAGAACAAGAAGCACUGGAACUCAUUUAACACUGCUUUCUUCUUGGAUUCAGAAGAUGCAAUUGAAGAAGUCAGCAAUAAUGGUAAAGCAACCCUAAGAGAUUGUGAAAGUCAGUUAUCUAUGGAGUUGCGUUGCCAUCUAUGUAGAAGUGCACACCCCACCAUACCUCGGCUAAAAUCGCAUAUUAGCAACUGCCGAGCCCCCUUUCCACCUGCUUUGCUUCAAAGUGGCCGUCUCGUGCUAGCACCAUGUAGUGCUGGCAUUGGUCCUUAGGUGCAUAUCCGUCAUGACUCAUGCAUCAUCAAAUUUUGUUGUAAAUAGUGUAAACCACCCUGGUUCAACCAAUAGAUUUUAGGUGGUCCGGCUUGUCACUCUGAUAAUAUGAACCCUUGUGCAAUAUCUACAAUUUACUUUACGAUUUCUGCCUUCUCACAA